AGCUGGAAACAAGCCGCAGCAUAACGUAACAGAAAUCAAACCCACUGCUCGCUACCCGUUUGGGGAGUAACUGAGCACCGGGAGCCGCCUCACUGCGGAAUCGUGAUUGGCCAACCGAGCGGAUCGGUGUGUGUAACCACUUCUCCAACUUCCGUGGUGCCACCGUAAGGAACUACUCACGACAAGAUCACCAGAAAAAACCGGUCAGAGACAGUCUGCCAGCAUGGGUGAGAACAGAUCUUGUCUGGUGAGGGAGUGAAUCUGCUUAGAAACAAUUGAAAACCAAAGAAUUGCAGAAGUUGUAAAACUGAAAUAAAACAAAAUUCUGGAAACACUUAGCAGAGCAAAUGAAGAUUGGAAAACGGUUAGACUUGAUGGAAAGACUGUAAUAAUAACAGGUGCAAACACUGGAAUUGGCAAAGAGAGUACAAAAGAGCUGGCAAAGAGAGGAGCCCACAUUAUAAUGGCAUGCAGGGACACAGAAAAAGGAGAUGCUGCGGCUAAAGAAAUAAUAGAGGAAACUGGAAAUUCUAAUAUAGUAGUGAAGAAACUGAAUUUAGCUGCUAUCAAAUCUAUUCGAGAGUUUGCAGAGCAAAUCAACAACGAACAACAGCAGGUUAACAUUCUGAUCAACAACGCUGGGGUAAUGAUGUGUCCUUAUUUGAAAACGGAAGAUGGCUUUGAGUUACAAUUUGGAGUCAAUCAUUUGGGUCACUUUUUGUUAACCUAUUUACUAAUUGAUUUGUUAAAACGAUCUACUCCUGCUCGAAUCAUAAAUGUCUCUUCAACGGCACAUAAAAUGGGAACAAUUCAGUUUGACGACUUAAAUAGCGAGAAGAGCUACAGCUCAAUUAAAGCUUAUGCACAGAGCAAACUAGCCAACAUUUUAUUUACAAAGGAGUUGGCUAGAAAACUUGAAGGAACAAACGUGUCAGUCUUUGCUUUGCAUCCAGGCGUGGUCAGAACUGAAUUAGGCAGGCAUUUGAAUCCAGUAACCCGGUUUGGGUUGUCAUUGCUGCGACCUUUCACCAAAUCUCCAGAAAAUGGUGCCAAAACUACAAAUUAUUGUGCUGUAGCGCCAGGACUGGAGAAAGAAACAGGACAAUAUUUCAGUGACUGUGAUCGUGCACCAUGUUCAGCAGCUGCCUGCGAUGAUGAAACUGCAAAGAAGUUGUGGGAAGUAAGCUGCCAGAUGCUGGAAAUUGACUGGCAGUGAGAAAUUAAUAUGUUACGUAUCAAGCUCAACUUAUUUGUACUAUUUCAAUUGGCAAAACCUGAGCUUGUAUCUGAAUAAUAGAAUAACAUAAAUUUUGUCAAUAGUUUUUCUGAAGUAUGAUAAUUCUUGUGAUAUUUACAUUGUUUACAUUUAUAAACUCAAUGUAGGCCAUAUACUUGGAUAUAAACAGCUUUGUUUCCUUUUAUUCCUUCAGUCAUAAUUUUAAUGUUUCUUAAAAAUUGUACAUUUUCCUUAUAUCCAACACUACUGACCUUCCCUGCUUGCAUUAAUUUGCCAUUUUGUAAUGCUGUAUUAGCAUAAAUUGAAUAAAUAUAAUAUGACAUAUUGAACUUAUGGCUUUAAGAUGUACAAUUGACUGUAUCAUCAUCUGUUUAUGUAGGAGUGGAAUAAAAAAUUCUGGA